UCGCGAUAAAUGACAAUCGAUUGACGACUCAGAUUCUGAACUGGAAAUUGAAAGGAGACAAAAUGAUAAGGCGUCGAUUAGUAUUUCAUAAUUACUCAUUAGUUCACAUUCUUAUUUAUUUAGUUAUCAAUGUUGAUGUUAGAGCGACUCCAUUGUACAAUGAUGGUGAUGUUCAACUGGUCGGUGGGUCAACUUCUUUAGAAGGCCGGGUAGAGGUGUACUAUCAAGGGUCAUGGGGAACAGUGUGUGAUGACUUCUGGGAUGAGCAAGAUGCCAUGGUAGUAUGCAACCAAGUCAUGCCAGGUUACGUUGGUAUCAAUUUUGGCCAUGCUUACUUUGGUGAGGGAGUUGGUGACAUCAUUCUUGAUGAUGUGUACUGCACUGGAACAGAGUCCAGCUUACUAGACUGUGCUCAUAGUGGGCUUUACAAUCAUGACUGCUUGCACGUGGAAGAUGCCAGUGUUAGAUGUUAUAUGCCAACAAAUGAUGGCGAUAUACAGCUGAUAGGUGGUGGAGCAGCGUACCAGGGACGGGUAGAAAUCUUUUAUAACUUCCAGUGGGGAACAGUUUGUGAUGAUUCAUGGGACUUACAGGAUGCCACAGUAGUGUGCCGACAGCUUGGUUUUACUGGAGCUACAGAUGCACCACAAAGGGCCCAUUUUGGUGCAGGUAGUGGUGCUAUCCUUUUAGAUGACCUGCGUUGUACGGGGAGUGAAUCUAUGCUAGUCAACUGUCCAGGAGCUGAUUUCUACCAACAUAAUUGCGUUCAUAACGAAGAUGCUAGUGUCAUUUGUAUCCCUCCAUCUGAUGGAGAUAUAAAAGUGGUAAAUGGGACCUCGAGAGAGGGUGAACUACAAAUCUAUCUUGAUGGAGUAUGGAUGUCUAUAUGUGCCACUGAUUGGUCAUCUGAGGAUGCGACCGUUGCAUGUAGGCAGCUAGGUUUCACUCAUUCUGUGGGAUUUGGUGCAAGUGAUUAUAGAAGUGAUGGAGAUAACUUUGCUAGCUUUCGCUUCUACUGUGAAGGUGAUGAGACCUCAUUGACUCAUUGUGACACACAUGAAUACUUCACAUGCCAUAGUACGCAGGCAACGGUUUCAUGCCACGUACCAGAUGAUGGUGACCUAAGACUGCAGGGUGGAAACAUUCAUGAAGGGCGAGUUGAAGUCUACUAUCAAGGUCAAUGGGGAACAGUAUGUGAUGAUAACUGGGAUCAACAAGAUGCUCAAGUCGUUUGCACACAACUAGGAUUCCCUGGUGCAGUCGAAGCACUAAGCAUGGCUUACUUUGGCCAGGGAGGAGGCCCUAUUCAUUUAGAUGGGAUGGACUGCACUGGAUCAGAGACCCGAUUAGCCGAUUGUCUACGUCAACCAUGGACUCAGCAUGAUUGCUCACACUAUGAAGAUGCUAGUGUCAUCUGUCUGUAUAAUGAAGAUGGAGACAUACGAUUGGUAGAUGGAAGCACUGCUAAUGAAGGACGUGUUGAGAUAUGGAUGGACGAUAGAGGGUGGAUGACAAUCUGUGACUCGGGAUGGGACGAGGAUGAUGGUGAAGUGGUCUGCCGACAGAUGGGAUAUGAAGGAGUCGUCGAAGUUACACAGGAUAGCUCUUUUGGUGGAGGUACAGAGGAUGUGUUCGCAACUAUGGUGGAGUGUACAGGCAAUGAGGAUUCAUUUCUUAGCUGUGCUUAUGAUGACCAUACAUACUGCACACAUUCCAAUGAUGCAGGGGUUGUAUGUGCCCUCCCAGAUGGGGAAUCAAGAUUAGUAGAUGGUGAUGAUGAGUACAGUGGCCGUGUAGAGAUAUUCCAUGAUAACAGAUGGUGGACUGUAUGUGGAGACUGGGAUGAUUAUAAAGCCAAAGUCUUGUGUAAUGAGCUGGGAUAUAAGGAUGUCGCAUUAUCCAGGCAUUCAUUUGGUCCUGGUUCGGGUGAUCUAGCAGGGGACUUAUAUUGUUAUCAACACUCGGCAACUUUGAGAGAUUGCACAUACAGUUCAACCUUUGAUAACACUGGUGGCUGCACACACGAUGAUGAUGUGGGUGUUGUAUGUGAUGAAACUAAAUUUGUUAGUGGUGCUGUACGCCUUGUCAGUGGAAACGUACCCUACGCAGGUAGAGUAGAGAUAUUUACAGGAGAACGCUGGGGGUCAAUAUGCGAUGUAGCCUGGGACAUUGAAGAUGCACAUGUAGUUUGCAGACAAGUGGGAUACAAACGAGCCACCUUUGCAAAGAAAGGGGCUUUCUUUGGCAUGAAUACCUACCGUGUGGUGGUUGUUGGAUACAACUGCCUUGGUACAGAACUAACGCUUGAUGAGUGCCCUUUAGCCCAGGGAACCAUCUUAUCUGAUUGCACUCAUCAAAAUGAUAGUGGCGUCAUCUGUGAGCAGGAUUAUUACAAUGAAUUCAGUGUGGAGUUGAUUGGCAAUGCCACCUAUCAAAGCAGUCGAGUGUCUUUAUUCCAUGACGGCCAAUGGAAAUCGGUAUGCAGCGAUAACUGGGAUUGGAGAACUGCACAGGUGGCAUGCAGGCAAGCAGGCUACUUUGGAACAUCUUAUCACAUAGAUCAAGAUGCAUUCAGGGACUUUCAUCCAAUGGUUUUCACUGGGCAUGAUAUUGCAUGUGAUGGGUCAGAAUAUCACCUGUAUUACUGUUCAGCUGACUGGGAUAGUCUUACAUGCACAUCGAACAAGGUAGCAUCCGUAACAUGUGCCGAAUCCUAUGAAGACCUCCUACAAGAUGGGGACUUAAGGCUGACCAAUGGUACCUCAUCUAAAGACGGUCAAAUUGAGAUGUUUGAUGAAGGUUUUUGGAGACCCGUUUGUGGGGAUGAAUGGGGGUGGGAAGAAGCUACAGUGGCCUGUCGGCAGUUGGGAUAUCUUGGAGCUAUUUCUGCAUAUACAGCGGUAAGAAUACUUCAGUUUUGCUAUCACGUACAGUCAUCUUAAGUUUCUUUAUGAGUUCAAACUUCAUUACUAGUAUAUUGCUACAUUAAUAUCUUAUUCAAAUAAGAGAUUAAGUAAUAAAACCUCAAACUACUGUCAAACUGCUAUUGAUGAAACAAAUCCCUUAAAAUAUUUCUCUUGAAAUAUUUCUCUUGAUUCAUUAGAAUCUUUGGGACUUGAAAACUUCUGAAAAUUAGCUUUUUUUUCCACAAAAGCAUCAAGCCCAUUU